AUUCAAUGCGAACACUGAAUUUCGAAAUCGGCUAUUUAUAGAAAAUCUUCGUUAACCAAAGCACGAACAUUUGCACGAUUUGACUCCACGUCUCCUCCUUUUGAUCAGCGCCGCCGUUGAUUUCCGCGUUCUCCUCCGUCAUGGAUGGCCUCGACACCCAACACACCAAGCUCUGCAUCGUCGGCAGCGGUCCGGCGGCUCAUACGGCUGCGAUCUACGCCGCUAGGGCUGAGCUGAAGCCUCUUCUCUUCGAGGGAUGGAUGGCCAACGACAUCGCUCCCGGCGGCCAACUCACCACCACCACCGACGUCGAGAACUUCCCUGGUUUCCCCGACGGCAUCCUCGGUGCCGAGAUCGUCGAUCGCUUCCGCCAACAGUCCCUCCGAUUCGGCACCACCAUCUUCACCGAGACGGUCUCUAGGGUUGAUUUCUCCUCCAAGCCGUUCAAGCUCUUUACCGACUCAAGAACCGUCCUCGCCGACGCUGUGAUAAUCGCGACGGGAGCCGUCGCCAAGCGGCUUCAUUUCCCUGGCUCCGGCGAGGGUUCAGGCGGUUUCUGGAACCGCGGUAUCUCCGCAUGUGCCGUCUGCGAUGGAGCCGCUCCGAUUUUCCGGAACAAACCUCUUGCAGUCAUCGGCGGCGGAGAUUCGGCUAUGGAAGAGGCGAAUUUCCUCACCAAGUACGGGUCCAAGGUUUACAUACUUCACAGGAGGGAAACAUUCAGGGCGUCGAAGAUCAUGCAGCAGCGGGCGUUGUCAAACCCUAAGAUCGAAGUAAUCUGGAACUCGGUGGUAGAAGAAGCGUACGGGGACGGCGAGAAAGGCGUCCUCGGAGGGUUGAAGGUGAAGAACGUAGUGACCGGAGAGGUCUCAGACUUGAAGGUCUCUGGACUGUUCUUCGCCAUUGGUCAUGAGCCAGCGACGAAGUUCUUAGAUGGCCAGCUUCAGCUUGAUGCAGAUGGUUAUGUAGUGACGAAACCGGGCACUACCCAGACAAGCGUCGCCGGAGUUUUCGCCGCCGGCGAUGUCCAGGACAAGAAAUAUAGACAGGCCAUUACUGCUGCAGGAACAGGGUGCAUGGCAGCUUUGGAUGCCGAGCAUUACUUGCAGGAGAUCGGAUCUCAGCAGGGUAAGAGUGAGUGACUGAGAACCACCCGGAAACCGAUAAAAUAAAAAAAGCUCAUGGAAACAUCAUAUUUGGUUGUCCAUUCUUGAACCGAGACAUUGUGUUUGAGCAGAGAAUAUGAUUUUGAUGUCAUGACCAAAUUUAAAGGGACAUUUUUUAGUUGUGUUUUAUCAUAUGUUUGCAGCAGCAACUAAGUUUGAGCCUCUUUGGAGUGAAAUUGGUCCGUACUGUGCCAAGUUGUAAC